AUGAACAACCCUAAUGAAGGUGCUAAUCCUUCUUUCAGUGAUAAUCUACCAUCUGCUACUUUACCGGUUUCUUACAUACCUGUCACUUCACUGGUUGUUGAUCGAACAACAUAUUCGGAUGUGGAUCCUAUAAAUUGGUCGAAAGCGAAGAAGUAUUUUAUCGUCGCAGUGAUUUCUUAUGCCGGAAUGAUUACAGGAUUGUCGGGAUCAAUGUUAUACCCCGCAUUAUUAAAUAUUCGAGAAGAAUUUGAUGUUGAAGAAGAUCUAGCAAAUGUUUUGGUUUCGAUUUACCUGGUAUUUCUAGGAAUUUCGCCACUCGGUUGGGCAUCUUAUUCUGAUGUAUUUUCGACUAGACGCAAGGUUUAUUUGACCUCUUAUGUGUUAUAUGUCAGUGCAUCUUUAAUAUGUGCUUGGUCACAAAACAUUUGGUUACUUAUCGCAAUGCGUGGAAUUCAAUCUUGUGGUUCUUCAGCUGUUCAAAGUGUAUCAGCGGGAGUUAUAAGUGACAUCUUCAUUCCAUCCGAUAGAGGAAGUUCGUAUGGUAUCUUUUAUGCUGGUUAUCUUGCCGGUCAAAUGAUUGGACCAAUUUUCGGAGGAUUUGUGAACCAAUUUCUUGGAUGGAGAUGGAUCUUUGGAAUUUGCACAAUAUUAGGUGGAAUAUUAGUUGUAAUUAUUUUCUUCUUUCUUCCCGAAACGUUCUAUAAUCGUCAAAUUGGAACCUUACCAACGACAGCGACUUCAACAGAACAAAAGUUGCGAUUUAAUCCAUUUUUACCAUUAAAAUCAUUAUCAAAGCCACAUAUUAUAUUCAUUGUAGCAUAUAUGAAUACAUUAGCGAUUUUACAUUAUGUUCAAGAUAUUCUAAUUCCACGUACAUUUAGUGAUGAAUAUGAAUUAAAUUCUUCACAAAUUGGAUUGGUUUUCUUGGCCCCUACAUCCGGGUAUAUUUUAGGAAGUGUUAUUGGUGGGAAAUUUUCUGAUUAUAUUUUACAAAAAGUCAAGGCGAUGCAUCAUGGUAUCAUGGAACCUGAAAUGAGACUUCAUAGUGUUUGGAUUUCCGCCUUAAUUUUACCGGUAUCUUAUAUCACUUAUGGAUGGUUGCUAUCAGAAGAAGUUGAUUUGGUCUUGCCGAUUAUCACAUUAUUUAUUGCUGGUUUCAAUGGAUACAUAGUUCAAAGUUGUACUAGUACAUAUUUAGUUGACGUAAGUCCUGAUAAUAGUGCAUCCGUACAAGCAGCGAACAAUUUUAUAAGAUAUUCAACGUCGGGUAUAAUUUCAGCCUUUGCUGCCGAUAUUGAUGAGAGUAUUGGAAUUGGAUGGACAUUUACUUUAAUAGGAG